CAUGACGAACCCCCAAAGGAAAAGGGGAGGAACAGCACGAAGAGUGACGCUCAAGAAUCGGAAACGAAAAACUAUGCCUCCCAAACCGUGGGAGGAGCAGCUGCCCGGUGCAACCACGGCUCGUCGGCGCCCGCCAGCACACAGCGACACCUUUGGUGACUACGAGUACCACCAGCAAAAGCGCUAUGGCCAGCCAGGCGAGCGGGAUCCCUUCAGCGGCCCCUCAGGCCAGCAGCGGCAGAACAAGGGAAAUACCGGGUCGUCCGCCUUCGCCUCCACCUCCACGCAUCGGUGGUCCUUUGCGCUGCAAGACAUCCCCGGCGAUGUACGCCGUGUGUUGAACGACGUGAACAUGGGCUACGCGGCGCGUGUGGCGGCGCUGGUCGGUCUCACCGGUGGGGUGAGCUACGCUCUCUACCACUGGGUCCUUGCCCCGGCCCAGCAGCGACGCCCCUUGGCGCAGCGGUGGAGUUGGUGUGCCCCGCCUGUCCCCAUCACUCUUGUAGAGAAGAACCGAGAGGAGGGCAGCAGCAUGUUUGUUUAUCGCUUUGCGCUGCCCAACAGCUACGACUACGCCGGCUACGAGCCCGUUAGCUCGGUGCGGAUGAUGAGCGGGCACGUGCGGGAGCUGUCGUCGCUCUCGCGGUGGUACACGCCCAUUAGUCACCCAGACGAGCGGGGCUACAUCGAGUUCGCCAUCAAAGACUGCGACCCCGGUCGCAUGUCAGCGCGUCUGCGCUACCUCGAGCCCGGCGACGUGGUGUACCUGGGGCGGUGGAUGCGUGAGUUUUCCUACAAGCCGAACACAUUAAAAGAGUUGGGCGUCGUCUGCACCACCGCCGGGGCCUCGGUGGCGCUGCAGCUGAUGAACGUAAUCGACAAGCACAAGUCCGAUGCGACGCAACUCCGCGUCCUGUACUGCCACCACACCAUCACCGAUAUCCCCUUCCGCGACUCGCUCUUCAAGCGCUAUGAGGAGCACAACAAGGACCGCAUUCGGGUCGCGUACAACGUGCUGGCGGGCGGUCGUCGCAAGGGUACGGCGGCGCCCGUGGAGGAGAACGUGUACGUCGGGAACAUCGACCCUGAGACGAUAGCAGCGGCGCUGCCUCCACCGAUUCGAGUAGUCCAGCAAGAGAGUCAUCUCGACGGGAGUCGCAGCACGCCUCCUGACACGCACCCCACCACUUAUCGUCCUCAGUUGCUGGUCUGCGGGCCGCAGUCGAUGCUCAUGCAUCUGUGCGGUCGUGUCAGCUCCGUUGGCAACUACUUCUACUGGCAAGGACCGUUUUACCGGUACUCCGGCUUUUUGAAGGACAUGGGCUACACCCGCUCACAGGUGUACAAGUUUGGCGUUUCGACGCAUUUCCUGGCCGAUCACUGA